CUGGUGCAAACGUGGCUGCUGCUGACUUCGCGUGCGUAAUACGCAACGGAGCGCAUCUUUAGUUCUCCUAGUUCCUCUGGACCUCUGGCAGCAACAACAUCGCCUUGUCAACUGUCUCUUAAAUUCUUAGGACGACUAAGGGUUUGUACCUUCAACUCUCCAAUCUCUAUCUUUAUCAAUCGAUCGUUCAAGAUCAGAACUUCGCAAGUUGAUUCUUCGUUCUCCUCAGUCGGGAGCUUGGAAGGCUGAUUGCAUUGUGUGACAAUCCAGACUCAGUAGAAAUGUUUUUUGAUGGAUAUGGAUACCAUGGAACGUCAUUUGAGCAAACGUAUCGAUGUUACCCGGCAUCUUUCAUUGACAAGCCACAAAUAGAAAGUGGUGAUAAAAUUAUUAUGCCUCCAUCAGCCCUUGAUCGCCUCGCAUCACUUCAUAUUGAUUAUCCAAUGCUGUUUGAGCUUCGCAAUGAUGGUGCUGAGAGGAUUUCUCACUGUGGUGUUCUAGAGUUCAUUGCAGAAGAGGGCAUGAUCUAUAUGCCAUAUUGGAUGAUGGAGAACAUGCUUUUACAAGAGGGAGAUAUUGUGCGAGUGAAAAAUGUGACCCUCCCAAAAGGGACUUAUGUUAAACUGCAACCCCACACAAAAGAUUUCUUGGAGAUUUCAAACCCUAAAGCAAUCUUAGAGACAACACUAAGGAACUUUUCCUGCUUAACCACUGGCGAUAGUAUUAUGGUGGCAUAUAACAACAAGAAAUACUACAUAGACAUCAUAGAAACAAAGCCUUCUAAUGCAAUAAGUAUCAUUGAGACGGACUGUGAGGUGGACUUUGCUCCUCCCCUUGAUUACAAGGAACCUGAAAAGCCUGCUGCACUAUUACCUUCAAACAAGGCUGCAUCUGAAGCCUCAGAAGCUCCAGCUGAGAAUGAACCAAAAUUUAACCCAUUUAGUGGAGUCGGGAGGCGCUUGGAUGGAAAACCUUUGAAGGAACAGCCUCCGCCACUUUCUUCCACUGGAACCAAAGACAAGAAGCCGGAAGUUAUCGAUGCUGUUGGACGGCCUUCUGCAGGGUCUAGCUCACAAAGUGGUGCUCGGCAGUCUCAGGGAAAGCUUGUGUUUGGUGCAAAUGUAAGCCGUACUCCAAAGGAAACCCACAAGGAAGUUGCAGAGGAGAACAAGCAAGAACCAUCGCAAAAGCCAGAGGAGCCCAAGUUCCAGCCUUUCACAGGGAAAAAAUACUCAUUGAGGGGUUAAUUAGUUUUUUUUCUUCUAACGAUUGAUUUACUUCAACUUGUGCAGCACCCCCGUCUUUAUGUGGCUCUGAAAAUACAAGUGAUUUAUACUAACUGAGAAAUGUUGUAUUAUCAAAGCGAAAAAAAAAACCAGUUAAGAUAUCCUUUUGAAGUAUAAAUUACUACUUUUUUAGCUCA